AUGGCUCAUAAAACACCUAUUGGAACUACACCUUAUCGCUUACUUUAUGGGCGAAAUUGUCAUUUACCGGUUGAGCUUGUGCAUCGUGCUUGGUGGGCUAUUAAAGAAGUUAACAUGAAAUAUGAAGAUGCAGGAAAGGAGAGGAAAUUAAAGCUUUGCGAGUUGGAGGAGCUUCGGGUAGAAGCGUAUGAGUGCGCCUCAAAGUACAAGGAUGAUAUGAAGAGGGCACAUGACGCGAAGUUGAAGCCGAAGGAGUUUGAAGUGGGUCAAAAGGUUUGGCUUUACAACUCACGGCUUAAAUACUUUCCCGGUAAGCUUCAGAGCAAGUGGAUGGGCCCGUACGUGAUUACACGGGUCGGAAAACUUGGAGAUGUUACAAUAAAGGACUUGAAGGAUGGGUCAAAGCAAACGGUUAAUGGGCAUCGCCUUAAGCUGUUCCUUGAUGGUAACAAUGAGAAAAAAGAUGAGAAUGUGGAGUUGGUGAACUUCGUGCCAUGUUUGGAGGAAGAAAGAAAGCAAAAACCUCCGGGCAAGGUUCGUCUUCGGGAGCCGGUUCAGGCUCAGGGCAAUAUCAAAAACGUUGGGAACAGUUAA